AUGCAGAUCUUCAGCAAAGUGUUGAGAGAUACUGAUGUCCGUGUUCGGUUCUCGUUCCCAACUCAUUGCUUAGAGCAUUUAGAUUUUGCUGGAAAUAAUUAUGUUGAUUUGCUUGUCAAAGAUAGCUAUGGUGAGCUUCGAGUUAUUCGUUGCCUGAAGAGGAAAGAAGAUUAUGACAAGCCAGUGCUUUCUAAGGGCUGGCGUCAAUUUGUUGCUGAUUAUGGACUGAGAGUUGGUGACAAGGUUGUUCUUCAUCGUGAGGAUGACCAUAACCUGGGGUCACAGUUCAGGAUUGAAGCUAAGAGGAGAAUCAAUCUGUUUGGUGAGGAGGUUUGGGGUGAAGUGACAAGAGCUAACUAGCUAUUAUUUGCAUGGAGCGUGGAUGUUCGGCCAGAUCCAGAUAUAUAUAGAAGAAUGAAUUUCCUAAGUUUGGUGUUUUUUUGUGUGUAAAUUUAUGUAUGUUUGAGUCUAAUUGAAUAAAUAUGUUG